GUUUUAGUCCUUUUUACGAAAUAGAAGGAGGAUGACCGUCGCCAAGAAAAUCGGCAUUGUCUGUUUGGUGACACGCGUCUGCCUGACGAGUGCCAUACUAGUGACCAAGGCAUCUGUGAAUCCGACGAAUGUACCGCGUCAGUGGCAUAGUUAUCUGCCGGCUACGAGCUCUCCGUUUGCGAAACAUCUGAAUCAUCAAUACGAUGAUCGUCGCGCAGUCAGCAGCGAUUUGAAGGAACUAUCAUCCUCCAGAGCCCUACAAGCAAAGCGUCUAGUGGGUCUUCAAUCUGCGUCGACGUCAAGUAUAAAUCGCAGGCAGAAGUCACAAACGGGUCCUCAGAGGUUCCCUACAGAAAUUCACCAGGACGACGUUUGGCUUUCGGCGAAAGUGCCGAACGCAUCUCCGCCGCCACCAUCGAAGACGACGACGACGGUGGCAACGACGACGACGACGACGACCUCGCCGACAACGUUAUCGGGACCUCGAGGUAUCCGGGAAAAUCAUCGCCACGUACCUCGACGAUUCGCGUAUCAGGAUGUCGAAGCAGUUGACAGAUACCUGACGCACGAGCUGAAUGACGAUAAAUUACCGUAUCGUGGAAAAGUUGAGGAGGCGACGUAUUACCAUCGAGAUCCGCAGGACAUAACGGCAGUCAUCAAGGCCCUCGAUCGCUUCCUGAGCCGUACUCUAAACGACGACGGUUACAAUAGUAAGGUACACCCGCCGCUCAAUCCUGUUCUCGCCCUCGUCCUGUCCCGAUACGGGCGUUACGUGCCCGGACCGCGAAACCCUCGCGUGUACGCGUAUUUGGCGGCGAACAAUAUUCACAACCAUCAACCCUUCGGCAAGUACAAAUACGAGUUCGACGAUGAGCCGAUUUACACGACUACAAGAUAGCAGAUGUACCACGUAUUAUUAAUUUGCGCAUGAAAAUAUGAUAAUGUAAACACAUAUUAUGAUUGACGGUGAAAUAAAAUAAUAACUUGUUAAUUAA